UGCGAUGUGAUGCGAUGACGAAGGACGGGGCAAGGAAGUGGGACUGCGUAAAGAGUCACGACACCGGCUUGGCCUAAGAAUAACAAAUUGCCUUGGCAUUGCACUGCUCGCAGCAAGUCUGCCUUGUUGCUUCUUAUCCUCUUACCAUCGUCAACAAUGCCCGCCUUCGACGGCUCUAACGACUUUCAUGCCCUGCUCGCUCGAGAUGCGUCGCGACUUGUCCCUAACGAUACCCAGCGAACGACAUUGAUUGUCGCCGCGUGUUAUAUCAUCGUUAUUGCUCUGCUAUGGCAUAUACCUUUUCUCUCUUGGAUAAUUUAUCCAUUCAAGUUACUGACUGUCGGAUUCCACGAGAUGAGCCAUGCUUUCAUGGGAGUUUUGACUUGUGCCCAUAUUCACUCUAUUGAGCUAGACCGUAUGAUAUCUUUCCCUUCCUCUUAUGUCCUCUCUAACGCCAGCACCCCGUUCAUAGCGGACGAGGGUGGAGCCACCAGUAUGUCAGGCGGUAUCCAGUGGCUCACUUUACCCGCUGGGUACCUUGGAUCAUCCUUCAUUGGCGCUUGCCUCAUUGCUUGCGGAUUCAAUACGAAUGCCAGCAAAGUGGCAUCACUGGUUCUCGCUGUCUUCUUCCUUUUCACCCUUUGGUGGGCCCGCAGGAAUUGGCUAACAUGGGCACUCAUUAUUGGAAUGUCGGGCGUCAUCGUGCUCUUCUGGUUCGUUGCCGACAGCGUGGCAUUGAGAUACUUUGUGCUCUUCAUCGGAGUAAUGUCCUGCAUGUAUGUUCUUUGGGAUGUCAUCGAUGAUACCAUUGCAAGAAAAGUAAACACCUCGGAUGCAUCGGCCUUUGCCAGAGUCUGUGGAUGCUUCCCAUCACAAGUAUGGGGCGUCAUAUGGCUUUUGGUGGCUAUCGCGUUUUUUGCUGCUGGAAUCCUAGUAGGACUCGCAGCUUUUAAGGAAACUGCUGCAGAACAAGCAGAAGACUCGGGUCAUUUCCUGCCUGUUCCAGGCGCUGAUGGCGCGCUCUCAAUAUCUCCCAAUAUUCUCAUGAUAACCCUCAGCGCCGUUGGAUUGAUACUCUUAUGAUCUUCGUCCCCAUCACCCCUGCUUGUACACUUAUAUUUACUCCUUCUACUACAGCAGUUAUGUAGCAUAGAUGAUUCAUGAAUACUAAAUAUUAUCGUUCCGCCGCUCCGGGACCAAAACGACCCUUUUCUCGGAACGUCAUGAUGAUCGCGUU